AUGAUUGAUGUUAAAGCUAAAAUUAGUUCCUUUUUUAUUUUCAACUCUAGUUUUGGACCACGGGAAGGCGAAGAGCUACAAAGGAUAUUAUACUUUUACCCUAGUCAGACCAGUGCAGAUACACAGAAAAUGCAAGUCGGAUUAUGUGAAGCGGUUAUUAAAUUCAUGUCUACAUUCUCACCGAAGCCAUGUGAAGCUUUACGAACACAGACAAAAAAAUACAUUUUCUAUCAACCAGAAAAAGGAUAUUGGAUGGUUCUGGUUGUCAGAAUUCCAUACACAACAAAAGCAUUGUCAGCUAUUGGAGAAAGUAAAGGAACUGAUUUUGUAAUCCCAUCUGUGAUGUUUGAUCUACUAAAGUCAUCUUAUAAAAUGUUCAGAAUGUUCAGAGGAUUGUUCAAAAACUUUACAGUAGAAGAAAUAUAUUCAGUUUGUGACCAGUUCUUCACACCGUACAUAUUGUCUAGAAAUAUAUCCAAUGAUGUGGCAGACGUCAUUCAGGGCAUCAGCUAUUUGCCUCUAGACAAGAAUGCAUUCUUCAAAGUUUUAUGCUUCAUUGACUUAUUAGAAGUUAAUUAUCCACAUUUCAAAUGUAUUUCAUUUAUCUACAAUGAGCAACUCAUUUGGAACGGGUUGGAUACAGAUGACAUGUUAACCUUAUACCAAUAUUUGGUACAGUCCUUACUACCAAAGGAAGUGGAAAAGGAAAUCCAUGGAGGUGCUGUAGCUGCUGCCCAGAGACAUGGUCGAUUCAUCCAUCCUUCUGAAGGGAACCAUGAAGAGAAACUAAUGAAAGUUUAUCUAAAGCGAGAGGAGGAUUCAGAGGCAAAGCAGUAUUAUUUAGUUGUUUACAGAACUAUGAGUGCCACUAUAUGUUUGACUGUUGAUGUCACUGUGGAAGUACAGCCAGAGAUGUUGAGAUCAUUAGACACUUUUAUUGGACCCCAGCUGUCAACAAUAGCCUCGAUUAUUGGUGAACAAUGCACAAUACAUGCCCUGCAAACAGCACAGCUUUUAUCAGAACACAAGUUUGUGUACUUCAAUAGGCUGAAUCUUGCUUUUAAAACUUCUCCAUCUGUGACCAAACUGCACCCUUCUACUGCUGUAAAGCCUGAAGUCCUAAGUAUUAUAGCAGAUAUACACACUGAUAAAAAAAGCCUUGGAAACUAUGGAGAAAUUAUCAUUAAAACCCCAGAUGAAUACUGGAUUACAGGAAAGUCUUCAAAUGACAGAGAAUUUUAUGUAAUUAUUCAAGAAAAAAAUGCCAAUCUUAAAGAAAUAGCAGAUGAAGUGAGGCGGAUAUGUGAAACCCAAAUGAAAGGCAUAUUUUUUUAUCCAAUGUAA